AUGAAGUUCACCACAACCCUCACCCUCCUCCUCACCUCCCUCGCCAACCUCGGAGCCAUGGCCGCUCCUGCCGCCGAACCCGCCGCCGCCGCCGGUGAUGUCGCCGCCCUUCUUCUUGAAGAGCGGGCCGGAAAGUGCCCUCAGUUCUGCAGUUGCAGCAAGGGCAAGUGCUAUUGCCAGUAUUGCUAUGGACCUACUUGCAAUCAGUGGGUUGAUGGGACUUGCUAG